AUGCCAAUUGUUAUCCAAUAUUGGAAAAACAAGGGGGUCAAAGCGUUGUUAAUGAUUACUUUGAAGGAAGGAGAGGAAAUUAAAAACGAUAAAGCGGCUGCAAAAGUUUUGAAAUUUGCUGAGGAGGAGCUGGGUGUAAGUAAAAUAGGAUGUACCAUUCUUUUCUCUCAGAUUUUCACCUAAUUUUUUAUCUUAGGCAAAAAUCGAGUAUUUCCAUAAUAAAACACUCAAAUCUGGCCAAUUUGCGCAAACUUUGAGGAGUUUCGCGGCAGGCACUAAGUUCUCAUUUACUUUGGAUCCGGAUAAAACGGUGUUCAUCACAAGCGAUGCAGAUUUCUUCCCAAACAAAAUUGAAUCUCAUAUUCCGAAGGUGAGAAAAAGGAAGGAAAUCAUGUUUUAUGACCACGAUUGCUGUGGAUUCCUGAGACAUCGGGGAGAGAGAUUCCAAAUGUACAUCAUGAUAACAAUUGGAAUGACAUUAAGAAGAUGGAGGGAGAUUAUUGGUGAGGAUUGGGGGCGGUGUUGUUCCCAGCUAUAAAAACACGCGCUUUCGAACAUCAAGUGCUUUGAAAAAUAAUUUUUGCCUUUUUGCAGGCAUCCCAGAAGCCCCAAUCGAUGGCUCGUGGGUCGACACUUACGUUAGCCACACUUUUAAUGGGGUAAUCAGCAAAAAGAGGCCUUGGUGGCAAUGGUUUUUGGAUCAGAGAGUGUUUGGAAUCCAUAUGAAACGGUGGAAAGAGACUCAUGAAGAGGAGUAAGAACAUAGCCUCUAAAGUACCCUGAAUUCCAUUUCAGAUACUCCAGAAUAGUGGACACCCUCUACCGCAAAGGUCAGCCUCGACUGGAACGGUUUGAUUGGCCAGCAGACGAUGUCUUGGCCAAGACAGAUGUCUGGAACACCUAUGAAAGUGCUCAUAUUACUCCAGGGAUCUUCAUGGAUCAUGUCUGGGAGAAGAAUCUCGUUUUUUACAAUCGAAUCUUUCCUUCGGAUCAGGUUAAAAAGCUGACGGAAUAUAGAAAUAGUGUGGUGGAGGUGAUGAAUGUAACCGAAACUUUGAGAAGACAUCACCAUCCUGAACAGAAGAAGGCAUAUUGGAAAAAGACCUUCCAGCAAAAGGAUAUGUUGGGCGGAGCACAGAGCGAGAAAGGAGUGGCACAGCAGGAAGAAGACAUUGAUGAGAAUGAAGGCGUGGUACAAAAGGGAGUGGAAACAGAUAUUCAGGUGGAAAAAGAAGAAAACUUUGAAAAGAAGAAGGAAAAAUAA